AUGCGGCCGGUCCUCAUAGCCGCCUGCCUACUGCUGCUUGCGCCCAUCACCGACUCAUGGUGGGCGUCUGGCAGCGCAGUAAUCCUGGACCCUCGUAUGGUUUGCAAAAAGAACCGACGCACACGUGGUCGUCUCGCACAGAUCUGCCGGAACGAAACCGGUCUACUGAAGGAGAUCAGCCGUGGAGUCACACUCGGGGCGACGGAGUGUGCUCAUCAGUUCAGAAACCGCCGCUGGAAUUGUACUACGCAGAGACGAAGCAUGAGGAAGAUACUCAUGAGGGAUACGAGGGAAACGGGGUUUGUAAAUGCGAUCACAGCGGCCGGCGUUACGUACGCCAUCACAAGAGCUUGUACAGCGGGAUCGCUGUUGGAAUGCUCGUGUCAAAAGGAAGUCCCGAAACCCCGUCGUGGGAGGGUGGCUCAAAUACCCCAAUCCCCGUCUUCUGCGCAGACGGAUAGGUGGCAAUGGGGAGGGUGCAGCGACAACGUUCGCUUCGGCUUGCAGAAGUCCAGAGAGUUCAUGGACAGCCGGUACAAGAAGAAAAGUGACAUAAAGAACUUGAUCAAACUCCACAAUCACAACGCUGGGAGGUUGGCAAUAAAAAAUAACAUGAGGGUGGAAUGCAAAUGUCAUGGUUUAUCCGGUUCUUGUACUCUUCGAACUUGCUGGUGGAGAAUGCCCACUUUCAGAGAAGUGGGCGAUAGAUUACGAGAUAGAUUUGAAGGUGCUGCUAAGGUUAUUUCAAGCAACGACGGUGAUAGCUUUAUGCCAGAAAGCCCUAACAUUAAGAGACCUGGCAAGAAAGAUAUUAUAUACUCCGAAGAAUCCCCAGAUUUUUGUACUGCGAACAUAAAGACUGGGUCUCUUGGCACCGAAGGACGUCAAUGUAAUAUAAGUUCUGCAGGAACAGAUAGUUGUGACCAACUCUGUUGUAGGAGAGGUUACAUCCAGACGACUAUAAGGGAGGCUGAGAACUGCAAUUGUCAGUUCAAAUGGUGCUGCGAAGUUAUUUGUGAAACAUGCUAUGUUAAACGAGACAUACAAACGUGUCUUUAAUGUGAUAGAUAAUAAUAACGAUAAAUUUUAAAUAAACUAAUUUAAGGUUAAA